CGGUCUGGGACUGAAUGGGCGCUAGCGCGGCGCUGGGGGCGGGCCGGGGCGCGGGGCCCGGGACUAGAGGCAGGCUGGCGCCCGCUCCCUAAUAUGCGAAAGAAGGCGGCGGGUGGCGCGGAGCGGCGUCCCCUGCAGCCGCGAACCGAGGCGGCGGCGGCGGCACCUGCCGGCCGAGCAAUGCCAAGUGACCACAGCCGUGUGAAGCUAAGAAGCGAUUGCUCACGGCCCUCCCUGCAAUGGUACACCAGAGCUCAGAACAAGAUGCGAAGACCCAACUUGUUGCUAAAAGACAUCCUCAAGUGUACACUGCUUGUAUUUGGAGUGUGGAUCCUUUUUUAUAUCCUCAAGCUAAAUCAUACUACUGAAGAAUGUGACAUGAAAAGAAUGCCUUACAUGGAUCCCGAUCGCAUAAAGAGAGCCCAGCAGUAUGCCCAGCAAGUCCUGCAGAAGGAGUGCCGGCCCCAGUUUGCCAAGAGGUCGAUGGCACAGCUCUUCAGGAGCAGGUACAGCUUGGACCUGCCACCAUUUGUGAUGAAGGUCCCUGCGGAGAGUGAGGCUGAGUACAAGUACGACCCUCCUUUCGGAUUCCGCAAGUUCUCUGGGAAAGUCCAGACCCUCUUGGAACUCUUGCCAGAGCAUGACUUUCCUGAACACUUGAGAGCCAAGAGCUGCAAGCGUUGUGUAGUCAUCGGAAGCGGCGGGAUCCUCCACGGGCUGGAGCUGGGCCAUGCCCUGAACCAGUUUGAUGUCGUGAUACGGUUAAAUAACGCACCAGUUGAAGGAUAUUCGGAGCAUGUUGGCAAUAAGACUACUAUAAGGAUGACUUAUCCAGAAGGUGCACCUCUGUCUGACCUUGAAUAUUAUUCCAGUGACUUGUUUGUUGCUGUUUUAUUUAAGAGUGUUGACUUCAACUGGCUUCAGGCAAUGGUCAAAAAUGAAACCCUGCCAUUUUGGGUGCGGCUCUUCUUUUGGAAGCAGGUGGCGGAAAAAAUCCCACUACAGCCGAAACAGUUCAGGAUUUUGAAUCCAGUUAUUAUCAAAGAGACUGCCUUUGAUAUCCUUCAAUACUCUGAGCCGCAGUCAAGGUUCUGGGGCCGAGAUAAGAAUGUCCCCACGAUUGGUGUCAUUGCCGUCGUCUUAGCCACACAUCUGUGCGAUGAAGUCAGUUUGGCGGGCUUUAGCUACGCCCUCAACCAACCCAGAACCCCUUUGCACUACUUCGACAAUCUCUGCAUGGCUGCCAUGAACUUUCAGACCAUGCACAAUGUGACCACAGAGACCAGUUUCCUUCUGAAGCUGGUCCGAGAGGGCGUGGUGAGAGAUCUCAGCGGAGGCAUCCAUAGUGAAUUUUGAACCCAAAAAACCUCACUUGAAAAUGCAGCUCCGGGGGACUUCCCUGGCCAUCCAGUGGUUAACACUCCAUGCUUCCAAUGCUGGGGGCCCAGGUUCAAUCCCCAUUCUGGGAACUAAGAUCCCGCA